UACACUAACCUGAUAUCUCAAUAUCUCUAAGCCAGUUUUUUCGUUAUCUCUCUCUCUCUCUCUCUCUCUCUCUCUGUGCUCAUCUUGAAUUUACAAGUAGUUGUAUAUUCAAUAUUGGAGUUUGUGGGUGUUAGAGAUAUUUUGUUGGGUGAGUGAGUGAGGAUGGGGAGGCAACCAUGCUGUGACAAAGUUGGGUUGAAGAAGGGUCCAUGGACAGCUGAGGAAGACAAGAAGCUCAUAAACUUUAUUCUCAACAAUGGCCAAUGCUGUUGGAGAGCUGUUCCUAAACUUGCAGGAUUGUUAAGAUGUGGAAAAAGUUGCAGACUGAGAUGGACAAAUUAUCUUAGGCCAGACUUGAAGAGAGGUCUUUUAUCAGAAUGUGAAGAGAAAAUGGUCAUUGAUCUCCAUGCUCAACUUGGCAACAGAUGGUCUAAGAUUGCUUCUCAUCUCCCUGGAAGGACAGAUAAUGAGAUAAAGAACCACUGGAACACCCACAUCAAGAAAAAGCUUAAAAAGAUGGGCAUUGAUCCUCUCACUCACAAGCCAAUCUCUACUGCAACUGAUGAACCACAAACCCAACAACAACAAGAACAACUGCAACACCAAAAAGAAGAAGAGCAAAAACAACAAGAAGCUUCUCCAACUGAUACUGCAUCUGAAAUUGAUCAAAGCAAGGAGCUUGAGACUGAGGCAUCAUUGCAGUCAUCCUCUAUCACUGAAGCCAAAGAGGAAGACAAAAGCAUGACAAGCCCAUUUGACCCAAUGGAGCUCAUGAAUGGCUUCUGCAUAGAUGAAGUUCCAAUAAUUGAACCUCAUGAGAUUUUAGUCCAAUGUGCUCCUUCUUCAUCAACUUCUACCUCAUCAUCCACUUCUUCAAAUUCCUCCAACUUUUUUCAGGACUUACAGUUCCCAGAUUUUGAGUGGCCUUGUGACUACAACAAUAGCAGCAACAACAGCAUGGGCUUGUGGAAUGAUGACUUAAGCAGUUGGGAUUUGUUGAUAAAUGAUGAUGGUGACAGAAAGCAGACUGUAAAUCCUUCUCUGAGUCAGUGUCCAAAAAUGGUUUUGGAUCAAGAAUCUUGGGCAUAUAGCCAAUUGUAACUGCAGAAUUUUCAUACUGGCUUAUUUGUACUUUGGAUUUUAGUUGUCACCGACAGAGUCAAAUAAAUCAAGAUCCGGGAAAACCCCAUCUCUGAAUUAGCAUUUUAAUGUUACCAUUUUAAAAUAGAGGAAAAAAAGGGGUAUAAUAAACCUUUCUGUAUAUGAGAAGCGAAGUAUUUUGGAUUGUUAUUUUAACAAAUUGUGGUCACCAUUUUCUUAUUUA